GGGUCUAAUUUGUACCCUUUCCGUGUAAUACACGUGAGCAUAAUUGCUUUCAGUGAGUCCUGUGACUCUCGGUAGCAAAUUACUGAAACCUAGGGCGCUUUGGAGGAGCCCCCUGCCGGCAGUGGUCGGAGGCUUGGGCAGACUGGGCCGACUGGAGGGCUACACCCUAUUCUCGCAGUUCGGCACCCCAAGAAGUAAUUGCGCCUGGCCGUCACGUCCUACAGAAACACCCCCUCUCCUCCCUCCCUCUGCUUCUCUUCUCUUUCUCCUUGUCACGCCUCCUGUUUUUCAUCUUCCUGUGCUCCUCCGUUUUUAUCAGCCCUCACUCAUCCCAUUAUAGUAACACCUGGGAGCCCAGGUGCCACACCUGCACGACUAGAGGGUUAACCUGCGGGCAGGCGAGGGGGAUGAAGAAAAACACAGAGACAUAGGACAGGAAAAGCUGGGGCCAGGUGCGACGCUGCGCUCCAGUGGAGAUACACAUUUAUCAUACACAUCUGAAGGUCGGGGGGUUUGGGGGGUACUUCUCAGGACUUGGAACUGGCUGGCAACAAUAACCUCCCGAAGGCCUGCCUGUACCUGGUUAUCAGGGCUAAACCACAAGCAGCUGUCUGUUCUCUGCUUCUCUGCCCUCGGCAGAUUGCAACACGGUCAACCAUGGCUUUGCCAAUGCUUCGACCACAGGUCCGGUGCAGACCCGGCUCUCUGCACCCUGGGUCACUAAACUGGGACGUGCCGGCAUGGGGAGAUCUCUGAUUCAGAGCAUCUGUGAGAUGUCCCCACGUGGCCACCAGGGCAUUGGGAGAAAGAAUCCCUUCAGGCUUUUGUGCUAAACAUUUUGUUCUGCAAGUCAUCGUAGAAGUGUGCAAGUCUCUUUGUGAACACUGAAUACAGCUAAAGGGGAACUGCGCUUGCCGAACGAGUUCGCUGGCCGGCCCUGCCGAGCCUUGCUGGGAGGUGAAAUCACUUAUCUGAAGGAAAAAAGGACUCAGCACUUUUACUUGUUUGUUUGCAGGGAAAUGCAUGGACGGCGUGUGAGAUGAGUGACUCGGAAGACGACGGUGUCCCCCGGCUGUCCUCGCACACCUUAGCAGCUCUUCAGGAAUUUUAUGCUGAGCAAGAGCAGCACGCCGGCCUGGGUGGGGGUGACAAGGACAGCAUUGGGGUGAUAGAGGAGAACUGGCAAUUGAGCCAGUUCUGGUACAGCCAAGAGACAGCGUUGCGGCUUGCCCAGGAAGCCAUCGCCGCUGCCGGGGAAGGUGGCAGGGUGGCCUGCGUGAGCGCCCCCAGCGUCUACCGGGAGCUGCGGGAGCUGUGCGGGGGGCGCAUCUCCGCCUGCGUGUUUGAGUAUGACCGGCGGUUCGCCGUGUACGGGCCGGACUUCGUCUUCUAUGACUACACCCGCCCCCUGGACCUGCCUGGGCACGUGGCAGCACACAGCUUCGACAUCGUGGUGGCUGACCCCCCCUACCUUUCUGAGGAAUGUCUCCAGAAAACCUCUGAAACCAUCAAGUACCUGACUCGGGGCAAGAUUCUGCUGUGCACAGGCGCCGUCAUGGCAGAGGCGGCCGCGCGGCUGCUGGGCGUGAAGGCCUGCAGGUUCGUCCCGAGACACGCCCGCGCCCUCGCCAACGAGUUCCGCUGUUACGUCAACUACGAGUCCGGGCUGGACCGCGAGGACUGAGGGCAGGACACGCGACUGGCUUGGGGAGCUGGAGGGACGGCAGGGAUGCAGCCCAGGCGUCGUCACCCAGGCUCCAGGCUGCCUGAGACGAAGGUGCCAUGUGCAAAACCAGAUGCAGCAGAGCAAGGGGAUGUGAGUGACCGGCCUCCAGUGUUCUCCAGAAGACGCCUGCCUGCUCCACGUCAGCAGUGCAGAGACGACCGCUGACACCUGCAAGGUGGAUGGACACGGGUCUGAGGCCACACGCUGAUGCUCCAUUUACAUGAGCGCAUUCUUGGACAAGGGACAGGUCAGUGGUUGGCGAAGGCUAGGACGGGGCGGGGGGUCUAUGUAGUGCUGGGCUGGCUCUGAAUGAGACGGUCCAGUGACAAGCGUACACGUGACAGCAUUACACAAAGCUAACCACGCACCGACGCGUGUAGACUUGGUGACCUGAGCAAGGCCUUGGGCAGGGGCCCGGUUGCAGUGUCGUCGUUACCUGAGCUGUCACCAUUGGGGGACUGAGCGAGGGGUACACAAGAUCUCUGUAGUGUUUUUGUAAUUUCCUGUGAAUCUAUAAUUUUAAAACAAAACCUUGAAAAGAU